AUAUUAAAGAAACCUGGACCAUAUCCUAUGGUGGUUGUACCUGAUAGAUUAAACUAUUGGAUUGAAGACAAUACCCAUAGUAAAUGUAACCACAGACAAUUCUCUAUAGAAACAGAUGAAACCAGUAUAUGUUAUAGAAAAUAUUUCCUUGGAAAGGAACACUUUAAUUACUAUGCUGUUGAUGAAAACCUGGGUCCAAUAGUAAUGUCUAUUAAAGCAGAAGCUAGUCAAGAGUCAAUAAGAGUUAUAUUGAGAACAAGGUUCACUAUUCAUCAUGAAAUAUUACCUUCCUCCAAAAUAGAAGUUCCUAGUCCAGCUAAAAUAGCUAAGACUGUGUUCAGUGAUAUAUCUACAGAGAAAUUCUAUCCUGUAUUAUCUAUGAAGGGUUCUGAAUUAAUUGUAUUAUAUGAUGAGCAUCUGUUAACUAGUACUUUUAAAUUUGGAAUAAUAUACCAGAAAUUUGGUCAGACUACAGAAGAAGAAUUAUUUGGUAAUGUUAGUCAUAGUCCUGCUAUGGAAGAAUUUCUAGAUUUAAUUGGUGAAAAGGUUUCUUUACAGUAUUUUAAGGGUUUUCGAGGUGGUUUAGAUACGCUACAUGGUCAGACAGGAGAAGAAUCAUUAUAUACUCAUUAUCAGAAUCGUGAAGUCAUGUUUCAUGUUUCUACUAUGUUACCCCAUACAGAUGGUGAUCCACAACAGCUUCAACGUAAAAGACAUAUUGGAAACGACAUAGUCGCCAUUAUUUUUCAAGAAGAAAAUACGCCAUUUGUUCCUGAUAUGAUAGCAUCUCAUUUCCUUCAUUCUUAUAUAGUCAUACAACCUAUUGACUCUAAUACAGAUCAUACUAAAUAUAAGGUGUCUGUUACGGCAAGAAAUGAUGUUCCACAAUUUGGUCCCGAUCUUCCCAAUCCAGCAGUAUUUGAAAAAGGUCCAGAGUUUCGUGAUUUCCUGCUAACUAAGUUAAUUAAUGCUGAAAUGGCCAGUUACCAUGCUGAGCAGUUUGCUAAGUUGGGGGUAAGUAAGAUUCAAUGUCAAGACUUUUCAUAUUAA